UCGCUCCGUGACGCGAGCCUGACGCAGUCCGCCUCCAUCAGCUGCAGAGCCCGAAAGCUCCGACACAAACACCGCCUAGACACAACCGAGCGAGACCCCGACAGCCGCGGAAACAUGUAGAUCCAGCGCACAGCUCGACACACAAGCACAGAGCAGGGGAUCGGGGACGCCGAGCUGUUUCAUUGUCAGCAGCCAUGGGGGGCCACGACGAUGAAGACAUGCCUUACCUGGUGGGCAAACAGAAGCAGGACGAGGAGCUGAAGAACAAGUUGUGGUGCGACCAGGAGCCCACCGCCAACAACGCCAAGUGGCUCAAAGAGGGACAGAACCAACUGAGGAAAGUCACAGAGAACCAGCACGAUCAGGACCACAACUGCAAUAUCAGCCACAACGGCAACAGCACUCAGGACGAGCAGCAGGGCAACGAGGAGCAGAGCAAGUCCCCCAAAAAGGCUCUGACGCCCGCGCUCAACCAGGAGGAAUCCAAGAACAUCCUGAACGAGGCGCUGGUGGAGGCGCUGGUCAUUGACUCCCUGGACAUCAGUGAGAAGGAGGAUAAGACAGAGGAGGAUGACCAUGAGAAGGACGAGCAGAUGGGAGGGGGCAGCAGAGGAGAGAAGGAGCCGGAGGGGCAGGAGGCUGAGGAGGCUCAGACGGAGUCAAGUGCAGAGGUGCACAGGGAGGGCAGUGUGAGCGGGAGGAGUGCAUGUUUGCUUUUCUCCAACAUGAAUGAGACGCCCGUGGAGGAGGAGACCAGCUGGGCUCCUCUGUGCCAGGAUAACCCAGCAGAAACCACGCCCAAUGGUAACAGAGAGUCCUUCUGGGAUUCCAGUGCUUUUGAGACGGACACAGAGCUGCCCUCAGGGUGGAUGCGAGUGCGGGACACCUCAGGCACAUACUACUGGCACAUCCCCACAGGGACCACCCAGUGGGAUCCCCCCUCUCCCCUUGGAAGGGUCUCUGACUGUCUGCUGUCCUCCAGCAUGUCCCUGGAGACUACACCUGUGGAGGAGCCUGAAGAUUCUUGGAGCCAUCUUUCCAACACAGAAGAAACUGCUCAAGAAGGAGAGCUUUGGAAGGAGGGCGAGGUGGCACCAGACCCAAGCCUAAAGGAGUUUGAAGGAGCAACAUUACGCUAUGCAUCCAUUAACCUCAACUACAACAGCUCCCAGUCUGAGGAUGAAGAGAAGCUUGCUCCCCUGUCUUCUGGUGUAGAGGCAAAGUGUUUUGCUGUGCGCUCGCUGGGCUGGGUGGAGAUGUCUGAGGAGGAUCUGACUCCAGGCAAAAGCAGUGUGGCUGUAAACAACUGCAUCCGCCAGCUGUCCUACCACAAGAACAACAUCCACGAUACAGCCGGCAUCUGGGGAGAGGGCAAAGACAUGCUGAUGGUGUUGGAGAGUGACACCAUGAAGCUGAUCGAUCCUCUGGGGCAGACCCUGCUCCACGCUCAGCCCAUCGGCAGCAUCCGAGUGUGGGGAGUGGGCAGGGAUAACGGCAGGGACUUUGCUUAUGUGGCCAGAGACAACCUGACACAGGUCCUAAAGUGCCACGUGUUCCGCUGUGACUCUCCAGCCAAAAACAUUGCCACCAGUUUACAUGAGAUGUGCUCAAAGAUCAUGAAUGAGAGGAAGGCAGCGAGACCCGGGGGAGGCAGACUGAGCACUGAUCUGAACAAGCCAUUGGGAAUCCCUGAAGAGUUCCCCGCGCCCAAGAACGAGCUCUUCCAGCGCUUCCAUGUCUACUACCUGGGAUGUGAAGUGGUGUCCAAACCAGUCGGAGUGGACGUGAUCAAUGAUGCUUUAGAGGCAGCCAUGAACAGCAAAGAGCAGAGUGAAUGGACCCCAGUGUCUGUGAACGUGGCCCCAGCUACACUCACCAUCCUGACCACACAGAAUGAGGAGGUCCUAGCAGAGUGCCGUGUGCGCUUCCUGUCCUUUAUGGGCGUGGGCAAAGACGUGCACACCUUCGCCUUCAUCAUGGCCGAAGGACCCAGCGACUUCACCUGCCACAUGUUCUGGUGUGAGCCCAAUGCAGCCAGUCUGAGCGAGGCUGUGCAGGCCGCCUGUAUGUUGCGUUACCAGAAAUGCCUGGACGCCCGCCCGCCCAGCCUGGCCUCCUGUCUGCCCACUCCCCCGGCUGACUCGGUGGCUCGGAGGGUGCGUAAGGGCGUGCAGAGCCUGCUGGGCAGCUUUAAGAGCUACAGGUCGGGCUCUCAGUCUCCUGAAAGCACCCCAAGCAAGAGCCCCAGCCAGAGGCAAAUCUACAGCGACCUGUGUGAAGAUGUGAAGUACGAGUACGUGAUGUUGGGAGUUGCCAGCGUACGUGCCCUGGGGGAAGGGGGAGGAGGGGGGCCAGAGGGAGGCUCCGGGGCCGAUUCAGUCAAGGGCACCUCAAGGGGAAGUGCAAAUGGAAGAGAUGCAACGUGUCCGAGCUGGUCCCCGCGGCUGAGCCCGCGGCUGAGCCCGUGGCUGAGCCCGCGGCCAGGCGUGCGCUCUGAGCUUCCGCGGACUCCUAGCUCCGACCAGGCCGUGUGCUCCGGUUCACGGGUCUUUGUCUUCUCCUUCUUCCAGACGCACCUGAUGCGUCCAAAUCGAGGUGUCCAGUGA